CUUGUUUGUUUUUCCAAUUAUCAGUGACCAGUAAAAUCUACCAGGCAAUACCCAUCCAUCCAUUCAGGCCCUGACGCACCACGCCCAGUUCCGCAGCAGCAAGCACUGACUUGACUCUCAUUGAACGGACGCUACUGCACUGUGCCAAAGCGCCGACCUCGAGCUGCAAUGGAAUAAUUUCCUGCUGAGCUGCACUCCGCAUUCCUUACUCUCAGCUGCAGCAGUCAACCAGUCAGGUCUGCCCUGUCUGCCUUUCCGUCACAUCUUUCUUGUUCCUGUAAGGGAUUUUUUGUUGUUGUUGUCCUUGUUUGUUUGUUUUCUAUUCCCGUAAAUUUACCAAGCCGCACUAAGACGACGGAAAAGAGCCUCCCGACUUCAGGGCAGGACCUGACCGACGAGACGAAGAAACGACGACGAAAACGACGACAAUCCCACGAUCCACCCCGGCCGUCUUUUAUGCGUCAAGUCACAGACCAACAAUGCCAUUUAUGAUUCAAUGACCACUGAGCAGCAGCGCCAGCGCCAGCUACGCCUCCUCCACCCUGACCUUCCACGGCCGUCGCCCAUCGAUCUGAUAUUGCACCGUCAAGAUGCACGCGGUGCCAAGUAUCGUUGGCACCGGGUCGGUCGUGGCUGCGGCCACCGUGGGUUUGGUCUUUGCUCAGCCCUCUGAGCCGACACCCCAAAGACCGUCCUCCCACAAGAGAAAGUUGACGGUUGAUUAUGGAAGCCUCCGAGGUUUCUCGAGGCCUAACACAAGACCUAGCACGAGCGCAACAACGACUGGAGCUUCAAACGACCGAAUCUUUACGUCGUCCUCGAAACCACCACCCAUACCCCUGGCGCCGAGUUCCGUGAAUGUAACCCGUUCAUCCCAGGAUUCCAGUCAAACCCCAUCGCAGACCACGCCUCCGAAGCCGACGAGCAGGAGGCCGUCAUUUGCAAGGCAAAGGGAAGGUGUUCCACCGCCGAUAGCAGAGAGUGUACGGGACUCGAUAUCCUCGAAUGGGUCAUGGAUGCGUCGGCUUUCGUUGCGGCCCUUGUCACAGCAGGGUAGCCCCAGAUCUAGCCUUGGUCCCGACUCGUCUUCAUUCAAGAGCUGGGUUAACGCGUCCGGCGGCUCAACACUCUCGCCGAUUUCCGCUCAGCCAUCUCAAAUACCACCAAAUAAGCUUGUGAAGCGUACCCCUUCCUCGACGUAUGCCAGUGCCAAAGAAGGCAGUGUAUUAUCCAGGAGAGGAUCCCGGUCCCAUAUGCCUUCAUUACGCCGGCCAGCCACGAGUCAUCAGAGGUCGGCCACUUUAGCACAAAUGCAAUUCCAGGAGGUUGUUUCGGAUAUGCCGUCCGCAUCGCCCAUGUGCUCACGUGAACAGAGUAGAAGGCCCAGCCUUUCUGUGAGGACACCGCUCGAAAUCCCGGAGGAGGAGCCAUCGAUGUGGAACUGGAGCUCCUACUUUCACUCAAAAGUGCUGGUUAGUUCGGGGACCAAAGCAAGCUCUGAGACAUUUGUCGAGGCCGCCAGUCCAGGACCGAAUUUGCUCCCCAGAAAGAGUUUACAUGUUCGCAAGGGGAGCAUGCCACGUGCAUAUCUGAUCAACACAGCGAUGAUGACGAGCGCGAAUGCAUCAAACUCUCCGGAUCCGCUGAACCUUGGACCAGCCACCGCCACACCCUCCCCGCUCCCACCGCCCCUGGCUGUCGAUCAAGCUAGCGCUAGCGCUUUGGCCGACUCCCCCUCGACCCAAUCAAAUGGUCCAUCGGGCAGCCCCGAAGAAACGCCUUCGAAACGGCCGCGACGGUCGAUUUCGAUGCACUUUAGCUCUCCAACUAGCUGGAUUUCCAAGACAGGUAGCAUACGACGCCAGAAGAGGGGCUCCAACCAGAAAAGUGGAGGCGGGCGGAUUGUGUCAGCGCCAAUUCGCACCACUUCCCCAAUUCAGCCUCAGAUUUGCGUCAAGCAGGAUUUUGUGCACUCGCAUUCUCCGCCUGCAUUUCCUGUUAAGGACCAUGCAGGCACACCCAUGAUCUUGGACACGCCUACUUCGUUGCACACCUCUCGUGCAGCCACUCGUCAACGAAACUCGUCCUCUCCUCUCCCAACACCCUCACCGCUGUCGAGCUUCAACUUUGACCCAUAUCCGUUCGGGGCCUCGACCAUUACCACCUCACCCCGCAGACCAGAGACGCUUAUGCCGUCCUCCCACUCCUUGCAGCCCAGUCCCAUCCUGUCGUCAUCGUCGCGAUUUCCUUUGACAACCCAUAGCCGUGAUGUGUCCAACGAGAGGGCGUCCACACUAGCUGGGUCCGACUCUGAAAUGAGGACUUUUUCUUCUGGAGAUGAUGAUGACACGGACCUCAAGAGUGACACCUUGUACGACUCUUUUCGCACUACCGGCUCGGCUCGUAUCAGGGAUGUCGACACGCCACUGGAGUCCAUGUUCGACGAGUCACCGCCUAGCACAGCCGGUAACUCCAAAACCAAGCGUCUCUCCAUCCAGGAAAUUCUUGGUCGGUCGUGGGAUGGCGACACAAAGAUCAUGGAGGAGGAUGAGGGGGCUUCUACGCCAAUGCGAAUCAAUGAUUCUCCCAAGCGCGAUAUCGACUUGAUGGGCUGCGAUGAUCUUUCCAGCAAGCUCACUGGACGGACGAUAGAUAUCUCCCUCGCCAACCGCGACAUGGGUCGCAUGUCUCUGGAUGACGAUGACGACUUUGACUGGGCACGUGACGACGAGAACGGUCUUUCAAACCACCUAUCACCCCCGCUGAGCUCCAUGAGGGGAGCCAGCCCAAAUCUCCGACUCGCCUUGUCAGACAUCAGCGGCAACAGCAACUUCGAUUUUGCUCGUAGCGAUGCCGGGAGUGAGCGGCCGGAAAGGCCGCGAAGUAAUGUCUUUGACUGGAGCGAGCCACCUAGCCACGAAAGACUCGACUUGGAAGGACCUUCUCCGAGACCCAAAACGGUGCAUGGAAAGCAAGAGAUGGACGUUAGGGGUGGUCGGGCAUCUAACCGCAAAGGCCCCACCGUUGCACACAUUCGAAGCCAGAGUGUUCCUGUGGUUCCUGACCUCACCGAGCCGGUCAAAACUAACAACAAAUUCCGUACUUGGGCAUCGGGGCCGAUGAAUGUCAGUGAAGACUGGGAGGACGACUUUGACUUUGACGAAGGUCCGGCCAGCCCCCAGGAGGGAGACAUGUCGUCUUCAUUUGCCAUGAUCGUUCCUGCAUCCAUCCAGGCCACGCAGCCCACCGUCAAGGCCCACUCGGGCCAGAUUCGCGAGCUCUCCCUCUUGGUCAAUGGCCUCAAGCGUUUGUGUCGGCUCGGUCGGGAAUUGAAGCUGAUGGAAGAAUCUGCUGAAUUGUGGCGAGAGGCUGAGAACAUCAUCAAGCUGGCAUCUCCCGACGAAGACGAAGAAGGAAACUUGGUCGAAGAGGUCGAAGGUUCCAACAAAUCCGACAUAUCGUCAACCAACGAUCAGUUCGUUGACGAAGGCUUUGACUCUGACGCUGUGGGCUACGCAGGGGACGUGGCCGUCAUGCCAAUGCCAGAUAUGUCAAAGACAGCGGUAGUGCGCGAGCGCGAGGUCGUGCGCAGGCGAUCCGUCUUUGCUCCGGAAGACGACAUCUUUGGGGGAUCAUGGCCUUUGCCUGACGAGCCAAGAGUAUCACGACCGGCAACCCCCAACCACGACCGCGAGACGAACACACCGGAUAGUGCCAUGAUCUCAUCAGUCAUGGAGGCCAUGCAACAGCAACGUCGCUCUUCAUCUGCCCCUGUCAAAGGGAGUCCUAGGAAAACUACCCCAGGGAGCAAAUCGGAGCUUUUCUUCGACACAAAUAGUCUUCAGGAGCUUGUAAAGCAGGCAAACGUCUUAUUUCACAACCUUUCCGACAUUGUUCGCCGCGCAGAACUUAUCACACAAAGUCCGGUUAGCACGCCGAAGCGUGAGAAGCAUUUGAGACGUGAUGGCAGUCCAGCUUUUACACGAGUGUUCACCGACCCAUCCUCGGUACCUCUCACCCCUCCAAAAUCUCAUAGGCUGCUGAAGAGUCAGAGCAAUAACUCGGUGAACGGUGGGCGGCCGUCAAUCGAAUCUAGAGGAUCCCCCGCCAAUGGGUUAAGCCAGCGGAUGCAGAUGAUGACCGUGAGCUGAGCCGAAGAGUUUGAGAUGGAUCAUCCACUUGUAAUGAGGCAGUUAGGGAGUAGUGGAUCCAUCUUUUGAUAUUACAUUAUGCGUCGACCAUCGUUCAAACACAACGCCGUGUGUUUUCGACGUCCACAUUACUACAAUCCCCGUGACCCGGGCGAUUAACCAUCGACCAUCGCCGUCGCGUCCCAGCACCAAGGCUGGCACCGCGUCGAAUGGGACGAACUCCGGAGGAAUGCCGCCGAGAUUGAAGGUCACGCGAGAAGACCCUGGUCGCGAGGAACUCUGUACUCACUGAUAACGCCAUACGCCACACUGUAUAUGUACGAAUAUCAUUCGAGACAAAAGAUUAAAGAUUAUGGGGGUUAGUUCCUUAUUUCUUCUUAUUGCGUCGUAUGUCUGUUUUCUUGUGUUAGCCGGGUUGCAUAAGAGUGGUUGAUUUUUCGUUUGUUUUUGGGCUUGCAUCCUUUAUAAUAUUUCUUUUAGCCCUGGCGGUUUGUUCUCGCUCGCAUUUUGUUUUUGUUUUUUCCUUUUUGGGUGUUGGUGUUUUUUUUUCUUCCGCAUGGCUUGUCUGGGUUUACUAGCUGUAUUUCUUCGGCUUCCCUUGUUGUGGCUUGAUGUUUCUGCUCAAGGGGGUAUACACAAAAUUAUGGAGGGAAGUUGGUAAACGAUUUGCUAGGAUAUCAUCAUAAAGGCCGUGAGAGUGGAGGGAUGGAGGAAGUCAUGAUUAUUAGAUUGGAAGGACGACAAGAGUCCAGCGGCUGAGAGAUGCCAGGAAGAAACCACCAUCGAUGGUUUGGUUAGAUAUGGUGCCACUGAACGUGGCCGUAUUCGUCGACUCGUCGAUAUGACGGUCGAAAGGACGACUUGGCCCAAGGGCCGCCGCAAGAAAGAGAGAGGGUCAGGAGAGAGAAAGAAAAGAAGACAUCAAUGAAA